AUGCGACAAUUACCAAUGAACAAGCCGUUUAAGCAACGUUGCUUUUGCGGGUCUACCGUUCCUACAAGAGGGUUCGGUUACGUUCCUUCCUCGGAUAUGUUGAAAAAAGGGAGACGAAGAAGAGUUCGAGCCUUAGUAAAAUUAACAAUAAAACGAAAGUACGAAGAAAAUAAAGAUGAAUACGAUGUGAAGAGGAGAGAUAUGAAAGAUGAACUCGAUGUGAAGAGAAAAGAUAUGAAAGAUGCGAAGCUCGGAAAAUUGAUAAGCUCCUCUAUGAAAAUGUUCGAUAAACUGGACUAG